UGCGUGUGUUUGGGUAUGAUUAUGAGCCUGAGGUCACGUCUGAUUGUAUAUUUAUUCAGCACCCAACUACACCCACACGCGUACCUAGAGAGAACGAAUUGAGAUACAAAUACUUAUGCUUCUAUACAUAGUAAAUAAUGCAAGACAAACUAUCUCUCUGGAAUUUAUUUAUUUGCUGAGGAUUUAUUAAUUAAGAUGGUAUUUUAGCACACCAACAUCCGUCUUUGAAGUCUUUAUUUUGUGGAACAUUAUAGAAUGUGGGUGUGAGUGAUGAAAAGAAGAACCAUACCCAUUCACACACGCUCUGUUUGUUCCUCGAGACCAGAAUCAUCAAUCUCGGUAGUGCAUGAAUGUUUCCAAUCUCUUUGAUUAUAUUCGUCUUGUUAAUGUACAACAAUCACUCGAUUUGGUAGAGCGAAACUAUGCAAAUACGGAUAAGAUUGAUAUUCUCCGAAUACUUCAUAGGAUGUUUUAUGAUCAUACUGAAACUGAAAAUACUAACAGAAACAAUCAUUUUAUUGAUAAGUUUAUUUUCAAUAUCUUCAAUUAUUUCCUUGAUAAAUCUUUUAUCUUACUUUCAUACGUUUUAUAGCCACUAAUAGAGUAGCUACAUGUAUAUCACAUGCUUCAGGUCAGUAUUUCCAAAACUUCCUCAUCUCAAUUAAUUAAAAACAUUUUUCUUUUCCUGAUUCUAAUAAGUAUUAUAAAUAAUGGCGAUGAAUGUAGUCGACUGGGCAUUCAGCUUCUUUGUAAAAUACAUGAAUAUAAUGUAAAGCAUUCAUUCAUCGAUUAUAUAAAAAGAAUUUCAUAUUUACUUUCAGAUAAUUUACGUCGGUUGAAAGAUUUAAUACAAAGAAGAAAAUCAACACUCGUUAUUUCAGUUUUAUUUUUCAUAGAAUUUUUUCCAAAUAUAUAGUGUAUAAAAAUACUAUGGAUAUAGUUCAUGAUAAAAAUCAAACAUUAGAUCGUCUUACAGUCAGUUCUACUGAAGAAGAAGCACAAGGUCAAUCAAAUACGAAUGCAAUAGCUUCUUCUAAAUCAUCACAUGUACCAAAGAUUUAUACUCGCACUGGUGAUCGAGGUACAUCUGUUCUACUAGAUUGUGGUUCAACUCGUUUAUCAAAAGAUUCAUUAGUAUUUGAUCUUCUUGGUACGAUUGAUGAGUUUUCAUCAACAAUUGGUAUGGUUCGAUCAAUUUGUUCGUUUCCUUUAAUUUUAAAAGAACUAGAAAAUAUUCAAAGGUGUUGUUUUGAAAUUGGUUCAUGUGUAGCUGCCAAUAAUUGUUCAUCUCGUUUUGUAUUUAAUGAUUCAACAUUAAUUAAAAAUCUAGAAGAACAAAUUGAUAAAAUGACUGAAGAAUUACCUGAAUUACAUCAUUUUAUUUUACCUGGUGGUUCUAGUCAAACAGCAUCCUGUCUUCAUUUAGCUAGAGCUGUUUGUCGUAGAUGUGAACGUUUAUUAACGAAAUGGUUAAAUAAUCAAAUCGAAGAAGAACAAUCACAACAAGAUACAAUCAUGGGAAUUUACUUGAAUAGACUCAGUGAUUAUUUAUUUACAUUAGCACGAUACAUAGCAUAUAAAGAAGGACAUGAAGAUUUAAUAUAUCAUAAGAGCAAAUAA